GGGCCGUGAGGAGGCGGGGCUUCCGGCCACCGCCGCCGCUGUUGCCAGGGGAGACAGCCGCAGGGAGGCGGAAGGAGCCCAGGACCAGCCAGCGCCGAGGCGUGGCGCAGGCACGAUGGCGGCCAUGGUGGUCUCGGAGCCCGGGUCUCGGAGCUGGUCCUUGUGUCCCGAGGUGCCAUCCGCCACCUUCUUCACCGCGCUGCUCUCGCUGCUGGUGUCCGGCCCCCGCCUGUUCCUGCUGCAGCCGCCCCUGGCGCCCUCGGGCCUCUCGCUGCGGUCCGAGGCCCUGCGCAACUGGCAAGUUUACAGGCUGGUGACGUACAUCUUUGUCUACGAGAAUCCAAUCUCCCUGCUCUGCGGUGCUAUCAUCAUCUGGCGCUUUGCUGGCAAUUUCGAGAGAACCGUGGGCACCGUCCGCCAUUGCUUCUUCACCGUGAUCUUCGCCAUCUUCUCUGCUAUCAUCUUCCUGUCAUUUGAAGCCGUGUCAUCGCUUUCGAAGCUGGGGGAGGUGGAGGAUGCCAGAGGCUUCACCCCAGUGGCUUUUGCCAUGCUGGGCGUCAACUCUGUCCGCUCUCGGAUGAGGAGGGCCCUGGUCUUCGGCAUGGUUGUGCCCUCGAUGCUGGUGCCGUGGCUCCUGCUCUGUGCCUCCUGGCUCAUUCCCCAGACCUCCUUCCUCAGUAAUGUCUGCGGACUUGGGAUUGGGCUGACAUAUGGCCUCACCUACUGCUACUCCAUCGACCUCUCAGAGCGAGUAGCCCUGAAGCUCGACCAGAAGUUCCCCUUCAGCCUGAUGAGGAGGAUUUCGGUGUUCAAGUAUAUCUCGGGCUCUUCAGCCGAAAGAAGGGCAGCCCACAGCCGGAAGCUGAACCCUGUGCCCGGCUCCUACCCCACGCAGAGUGGCCACCCUCACCUGUCCCCGAGCCACCCUGUCGCCCAGAUGCAGCAUGCCAGUGGCCAGAAACUAGCCCCCUGGCCAGCCUGCGCUCCUGGGCACAUGCCCAGCCUGCCUCCAUACCAGCCGGCCUCCGGCCUGUGUUAUGUACAGAACCAUUUUGGCACAACCCCUAACUCCUCCGGUGUCUACCCGGCUACCGCGGGUGCCUCCCUGGGGGUCCAGCCCCCCACCCCUCUCAACUGCCCUGGCACUGUGUAUUCUGGGGCCCUGGCCGCUCCAGUGGCUGCGGGCUCCAAGGAGUGCUCAAGGGUCCUGAUCCCCUGAUAGGGAGUCUCUAGGGAAGUUCUCUCCCGUCUUGGCUUUCUGAAGAAGGUCCUCUCGGAGCUGAGCUAAGAUUUUCUUGACAAAAAGUUAUUUAUCAAACACCUCUAUGUGCCAGGCUCUGUCUCGAGUAUUUUGAUAUAUAUCCUAUUUCAACCCUGUUCAUCCUCACGACAACUUUGUGAAGUGCGAUUUAGCGUCACCAGUUUACAGACCUGGAGGGCGAGACGCUCUGCAGUCACAUGAAGUCACGUAGUUUUCGUAGUGGCACAUCCGGGCUUCUGGGCUCCGGGGCCCCUCCCACCUGCCGCCCUGCCUCCCAGAGAAGGCCUGGGAGGUGAGGGUCGGCAGCGACUGCCAGCAGCCAAUCCUAACUCUGCGUUUCCUCCCCUUGUGUGUGGUGCUCUUGGUUCCAGUGCCCGCUUGUCUGUGUCUACUCUUCGGGAGCUUCCAGCUGCCCUGCCGGGCAGUUCCCGCGCCCGUGUAGUAUUUCUCCCCUACAGUGGCCCAGCCCCCGCCCCGGCCUUGUUGCCCCAGGGGCGGUGAGGUGGGCCGCGUGAGCCACAGCAGCAUGCUGAUGGAUCCAUAGUGUCGAUUACCUUUGUAUAAAGAAACAGCCUCCA